CUGUGCGGAGCGGACCUAUGGCGGAGCAGGGCUCCAGGAGGGGGAGGCACCAAAUGAGAGGCGGACUUGACUCCAUUUGUAAUGAAGUGUCUUGAAAAGGGGUCUCAGAUCAAGAGUUUCUGCCGCUGCCGGGUUAAAGUGGAGUAUAAGGAGAGAGCGAAGCAAGUUACGAGGAAAUCACAUCAGAUUAUCGGCGGAUGCGCACUGUACAGGGGACUGUGUGGAGGAGAGCCGCGGUUUGUGUCUCAAGAGGCGGACAGGGGAGAGAGAAACGACAAGCAAAAGGCACAGCAGACGUGGAUUUCCCUUUUGGAGAACGAGACACUUUCAUAAAGGAAACUGUCGGGGACAAAAGGAACAGAAAUAACAAAAAAUAUGCUGUUUGAGUGAAUGCUGGUAAUAGGAGAAGGAUGAGCGCAUCUUUUGCAAAGAGCAGGGGACUGUAAAUCAAAAGGCCCCCUAAACAGACAUCCACGAAUAAAGUGGGUCAUGGCAAACGGAGGAGACCGGUUCGGCCUUGCAGAUCGCCCGGAUUCGGACUGCAUGGACCCUCCAAAGGAUUGCAAGCAGGAAAAUCUCCCCUUCUCUUUAAAAUCAGCUGCCUCACCUCAGACCGCCUCCAGCCAGGUAGCGGUCUCUGCUACGGAUCCUGAUGGGAUGGAGGGGAUCAAAGUUGUCCUUCAGGACAGGGAACUUUGGACCAAGUUCGAUGAAGUGGGAACUGAAAUGAUCAUCACGAAAGCUGGAAGGAGGAUGUUUCCCAGCUACAAAGUCAAAGUCACAGGACUCAAUCCAAAGACCAAGUAUAUACUCCUGAUGGACAUUGUUCCCGGAGAUGAUCAUCGCUACAAAUUCGCAGACAAUAAAUGGUCAGUAACGGGCAAAGCAGAGCCCGCUAUGCCCGGCAGGCUCUACGUCCACCCAGACUCUCCUGCCACGGGAGCGCACUGGAGCCGCCAGCUUGUCUCCUUCCAGAAGCUCAAACUCACCAACAACCACCUGGACCCCUUUGGACAUAUAAUACUCAACUCCAUGCACAAAUACCAACCUCGUCUCCACAUUGUCAAAGCAGAUGAAAACAACGGCUUCGGCUCGAAGAACACAGCUUUCUGCACUCACGUGUUCCCAGAAACUGCCUUCAUCGCAGUGACAUCUUAUCAAAACCAUAAGAUCACGCAAUUGAAGAUAGAGAAUAAUCCUUUUGCCAAGGGUUUCAGGGGCAGCGACGAUAAUGAGCUCCAUCGCAUGGCCAAGCUUCAAGGCAAAGAUUACCCUGUCGUUCCCCGCAGCACUGUCCGUCAAAAAGCAUGCUCUGCUGGGAGUCCCUUCAGAGGGGAGAGUCGAGGUCUACGGGGGUCUCCCGAUGCCAUCGGGUCCCCCUUUAGCAGCGAGAACGGAUUGAACUGUGGCAGUCCACAGGAGCUGCUGAGUUCCCCGCCUGUACACUACACCCACCGUCACCCACAUCUGCAGCCUGGUCAACAGCCGCAAGACUACAGCUACAGCAAGAGGAAAGCAGAAGAAAACUGUUCUCCAAGGAACCACCAGCAUCCAUACAAGAAACUCUUUACUGGUGGUUCACCAAGCGAGGAGGAGUCCUACUACCACCCAUCCUCCUACCCCCCUCCUCCACCUGGUUUGUCAAACCUCUCUGCUCUUGGCCUCACUGACUCCCCCUACAGCUCAGACAUGGGACAGCAUCAGGCAUGCAUGUUUGCCGGCUCGGAGCCCAGAAUGGAUGAGUUCAGCUGUGCAUCCUGGUCGUACACCUGCCCGCUCCCCGCCGCUAUGACCCCAGUGGAACCCUACCCACCUUACACCCCUCACCCCCCCUACAGCUCCAGCCCCCAGGGCUCUCGACUAAGCGCCUUAGCCCAUCAGAGCCCUCCAUCGCUGGGUGAGCACAUCUCCCAUGAUCCCUACCACAGCCAGAGCUCUGAACCUCGAUCACAGAGCACCCAGAACAUCCCGAGCAGACAGCUUGGCUCUCCUCUCAGAGAGUACCCCCGCUUCACAUCCAAUCUAUCGCAACCUCUCUAUCACACACUAGACACCCACUCACACAUCAGGUGUGGAGUGCCAGAAUGGAGUGCAGCCUCCUAACCAGAUCACCAACACAGAUUUAAGAUGGACUCUCUGUUUUCCUUGCAAAGGCUGCACUGUACAAACUGAGGUACUUUUGUAAAGUUAUUGUGAAUACUGUGAUAUUGUGGUGUGUAUGUUAUGUUCAUCCUCUCUGCUGGAACGAGCAGCAGAUUAUGAGGGACCUAAUUUGGACAUUAGUCAAAUGUAGUCCCCAGCAGGAAGCCUGAUGAUCAGUGACGUUGUUAUCUUUGUGCCUAUUUAAAACUGUUUGCAGUGUGAUUUUCUUUUCUUUUUUUUAAAGACCAGGCCACCGACUGGCACUUGGCUGAUUUCCCCUCAAUGUCUGCUACUUUAUGCAUGGUGAAGGAUGUAAACUGUGAACACUGUCAGCUGGGCUGUAUCAAUUAUCUACAAAAGUAAUCCCAGUUAUCGGAACAAAGCCCAGGGCAGGGGUUUCUCACAUUAUUGGAGGAAAAUGCAGCUCCAUGCUCAGUCAUAGCAAAGGAAAAAGGGCACUGGUUUGUCCGAGCUUAUGCUGGUGUACAUGCAAACCCAGUGUCAGCUCAGCUAAAGGAUGUUUAAUUUGCAAUGAGACAGCCAGCGAUAGCUGUAGGCUCUCCUUCAUAGAGAUAAACACUUUGUUUAGAUCGUGCUACAGGCUGAAGGACCUGUAAGCACUGCUUUCAUUGCAUUCUGGGUAAAUGCACAAGUCAGUGUCACAAGGCUGUCACUGCUGUCCUCUCAGUCACCCCCAACCAACCAAUCAGCUUUCUCUGUCCACAAAGUAGCAGCCAAUGAACACAUGGUUUUCAUUUAUGCUCAGCUGACUGGAAAGGGUUAUGCCUGUGUGUGAGUGUUGGCCCAUUUUUGUUUGUUUGUUUGUUUGGGAAUUAUUCAUGAACCGAUUACUGAUUUCUGACAUGUGAGGAUUGCUCAGCAGUGAAAAUAAUA